CCGAAUCGAGAGAUCCUCCUGACAUGGCGGUCUGGUCAAAGCUUGCUGUGCUCUCCGUUCUCGCUGGUCUCGCGUCGACGGCCAUCGCGUCUGCAGUCGACUUGUCCAAUAUCGUUGAAAUCGACGUGCGCGCGAGCGAUCCCUGCACGAAGAUUGCUGGUGUCAAGUGGGCAGCACCAGCAGACGUCUGGGCCUGCUACACGUCUUUCCCCGUGAACCAGACCGAAAAGGCGAACAUCAUUGAGGUGGUUACGAAAACUCUGGCCUUCCACACCUCCGUGAAUUACGAGUUCCUUGCCCCUUUGCCCUUCAGCCUGGACGUCCAUGAAGAUGUGUUGGGUGACCUGUCCCGUAUCUCCAAGCAGUCCUACAACUCCGAUUUCGACUUGCAUAUCGACCUGAGUAGGACGCUUAAGCGGCUCAUGGACGGUCAUUGCGUCUACAUCAAUGAUUGCUACGACUUCCUUGAUGCCAUGAUCUUCGCGCAGCAUGUUCAGAGGAGGCCGUAUCCUUACAGUGCGGAGUUUUGGGAGGUGUGGGAUGCCUACUGA